AUGUUCCGCUAUGCGCGUACGGCUCUUGGUCUAGGAACAUUACCAAUCGACAUGUUGAUCAUGUUGGCCAGAAAGCACACCCUUAUAUUGACAUUGAGUUUGGAGUGGAAGUUUGUGGUUGAACCUGGCUACGAACAACGAGGAACGCAGACGGAAGUACGACAAUCUCUCGGAAGCGCGGAUGACUUGGAUUGCACGCACACGCAUGGCCAUGGGAAGAGCACUACUGUCUCAACGAAAUUCAAAAAGUCGAGCAAGAAGAAAGAGUAUGCAAAGAUCUCAGAAAAAGAACUAAUAAAUGAAUCGGAAAAAGUCGUGAAAAGUGAGAAAACUCAAGAGAACGAAGACGAAGGACAUUUACAGUUGAUGAGAAAAUUCCUUGCUCAAAAUGACAUGUCACAGCCAGAAAAGCCGUUCACUGUCCAAGAUUUGCCGCUUUGGAUAGCGCUUAUGGAUAAUACCGACGAUGACAAGCCAACAAGUGAAUUGAGAUUGAAGAUGGCCGAUUGGUUGCUUAGACGUGGUGGCAUGGACCAACUUCCCAAGGGCAUUUCACCCGUUCCGCUGAGAUCAGCAUCGUCUACAACCAAAUCAAAAGGAGGUGAAGAAAUACAAUAUACACGAGCACCCAAAGGCGAACAAGUGGACAAACUAGCCAGUAUGGAGCGUUUUCUCGAAAAGCUAAAUUCCACGGAGCAUUUUAGCGGAUCUGGUGAUUCUCUCGAGCAGGUACCCCUAGUGACUAAAGUCCGAACAACAAAAACUACACCGCAGUCAAAAAAAUCCCCAAAGCGUGCCGGAGCAGGAGGAGAAAUGAAAGAAGAUGUUACGCAGAUUUCUACCAGAAUAGAGGAAUUUCUAAACGAUGAGUAACAGAGAUCACAAAGGAUGCAAUACGCAUGCAAACGGAAGUAACACAAAUUCUC